AUGACCAGGCUCCCUACCCGUCCUCUUGGCGCCAAUGGCCCUCAGGUCUCCCGAUUGGGAUUCGGCCUCAUGGGUCUUAGCUCCUUCUAUGGCCCGGCCAAGCCAGACAGCGAGCGACUCGCCCUGCUGGAUGCAGCCUAUGAGCUCGGCGAGACUUUCUGGGACAGUGCCGAUAUUUACGGCGACAGUGAGGAGCUCCUCGGGAAGUGGUUCAAGGCCAACCCCUCUAAGCGCCAGGACGUCUUCCUUGUGACCAAAUUCGCCAACCGGCAGAACACCGACGGGGACUGGUAUGUCGAUGGCUCGCCCGAAUACGUUCGGGCGGCAUGUGAGCGCUCUCUCUCAAGGCUCGGCAUCGAAACGAUAGACCUCUACUACUGCCACCGGAUUGACCGCAAAACACCCAUCGAAAAGACGAUCGAGGCCAUGGUGCAGCUCAAAAACGAAGGGAAGAUUAAGUACCUCGGCCUGAGCGAGUGCAGCGCCGAUUCCCUCCGUCGCGCGCACAAAGUGCAUCCCAUCACCGCCGUGCAGAUGGAGUAUUCCCCCUUUGCGCUGGACAUCGAGAGCCCCCAGUACAAGGUGCUUGAGACGGCGCGGGAGUUGGGUGUCGCGGUCGUGGCAUACUCCCCGCUCAGCCGUGGGUUUCUGAGCGGCACGCUCACCUCACCGGACGACCUGGCAGAGGGCGAUGUCCGUCGAAUCUUGCCGCGAUUCAGCCGGGAGAAUUUCCACAAAAAUCUGGAGUUGGUACAGAAGCUCAAGGAAGUUGCGGACAGGAAGAAGGUCACGGUGUCGCAGCUGACGCUGGCGUGGCUGAUGGCCCAGGGGGAUGAUGUCUUUCCUAUCCCAGGGACUGUCAAAGUUGAUCGGUUGAAGGAGAAUCUGGGCAGUCUGGAGAUUGAGUUGUCAGAUGAGGAGGAGCGAGAGGUUCGUUUGGCCUGCGAUGCGGCCGAAGUUGCAGGGACCCGGUAUGAUGGAGCUCGUGCCGCCACGUUGUUUGCGGAUACUCCUGCGCUGGAUUCUAUAGCUGAUGAGGACAAAUAA